CCCUAUCACACCCCGUUUAAACCAUCCUUCAUCUCCUUCAGAGUUGAUAAAGCUGCGCCUCCACGCGUUCUCCCCCAACACCCUCGGUGUCGGCAAUCACCUCCGAAAUACUCCUCCCAUCUAAAACUUCUGUCAGACUCUAGCCCAAACAUUCGGCAGCAGGCAGCAGCACUUUUGUACCCCAAUCUGUCAUUCGUUGAGUGUCCUAGAGUCGACGAUGCUAAGAGAAACGGCGGUGCGGUGAAGAUGCUUAGAUAAUCGGCAAUGCGGGGAGGAUGCUAACAAAAGCGGUUAAACGGGUGAAAUAUUAUCUAAAGGUUGAUAAAAAUUAGGUGCGCAAAGCAACUUUGGAGGGGCGCGGAGCAUCCCCAUCUAUUAAUCAUACCCAUGGAGACACACGGGGGUAGUCGCAGGAGUAUGAAGAUAACUGAAUCCUCGAAAUCCAGCCGCCACAGCCACCUCCGUCGUCGAAGUUCGUAUGACACGGAUUCAGAUUCCGCGUCUCCUGCAGCCUCAGACUCGGAUUCUUCCAGCCGCGAGUCAUCUCCAUCCAGACGCAAUCGAAAUCGCAGUCGUAGCAUUCGACACAGAUUGAAGAAUUCCAGUGAUUCUGAGACGGAGGGAGAUGAUAGGAGGAAGAGUAAGAAGAGGAAAAUCACGGAUGAGCAGAUUGCUGAGUACAUGGCAAAGAAGGCUGAGAAAAAGUUGAAGAAGGCGGCGAAGAAACUGAACGCAAAACACAAGCUUUCUGGGUACUCAAACGAUUCGAAUCCAUUUGGAGAUUCAAAUCUAAACGAGAAAUUCAUCUGGGAAAAGAAAAUCCUCAGGGACAUAUCCAGAGGCGUUCCUCUCGAUUCAUUCUCACUCAAAGCUGAAAAGGAAAGACAGAAAGAACGGAUAGCAGAAAUAGAGAAGGUGAAGAAGCGGAGAGAAGAGCGAGAGGUAGAAAAGGCUCAGCGUGAGGAGGAAAUGGCCAUGCUUGCCAGGGAGCGUGCUAGAGCCGAGUUUCAAGAUUGGGAGAAAAAUGAAGAGGGAUUCCACUUUGCCCAAAGCAAAACCAGGACAAAGAUUCGAAUCCAACAAGGGAGAAUCAAGCCAAUUGAUGUUUUCACCAAGCAGCUCGAUCCUUCUGAUUAUUUUGACAUAGAAAUCAACAAGCCCUACAUGGUUUUCAAGGGUUUAACUAUAAAGGAAUUAGAAGAGCUUGAAGAGGACAUCAAGCUACACCUUGACCUGGAUAGGGCUACAGAAACACAUACACAGUACUGGGAAGCACUUUUGGUGGUUUGCAAUUGGGAAUUGGCCGAAGCAAGGAAAAAGGAUGCCAUGGAUCGAGCCAGACUGCGUGGAGAGCAUUUACCCCCAGAGUUGCGGGCUGAAGAGAGGGGUCUGCAUUCUAGCAUUGAAGCAGAUGUGAAGCUCAUCUUGCAGGGUAAGAGCUAUGAAGAGUUGGAAGCUCUCCAGUCUCAAAUCGAGUCCCAGAUGCGCUCUGGUACAGCUAAAGUCGUUGAGUAUUGGGAAGCUGUUCUUAAGAGACUCCAGAUUUUCAAGGCCAAGUCUUGCCUUAAAGAAAUCCAUGCCAAAUUGUUGCGUAAAUAUCUGGAAUUUCUUGAAAAGCCAUCUUCUGAGAAGAAAGAUGAUGAAAAUGAUAUGAACUUUAUUAAGCCCGGCAUUGAAGAAGAGGCGGAUGACCAUAUUGAAAAGGAAGAGACUGUGCUGAUUGAAGAAGAUACUAAGGAAGAUGUAAGAGUUGAAGAAGAAGAAGAUGAUAUGUAUGCUGGAUCACAUUCGCCUGUAUUAAUAAAUUCUGACGAAAAGGAAGAAGCAAUAGAUCCUGAAGAAGACAGAGCAAUGCUUGAAAAGAAGAGAAUGUCAGUUCUGGAAGAUAAAGUCUUUGAGAAGAAGGCAUUGAAAGCCAUGGGAGCUAUGGAGGAAGGAGACACAAUGUUUGGCUCUAACGACGAAGUUAAUAUUGAUUCGCAGGUUUACUGGUGGCAUGACAAGUACCGACCAAGAAAGCCGAAGUACUUAAAUCGUGUUCAUACUGGAUAUGAAUGGAACAAGUAUAACCAGACUCACUAUGAUCAUGACAACCCACCCCCAAAGAUUGUGCAGGGAUAUAAGUUCAAUAUACUUUUUCCGGAUCUAGUUGAGAAGUCAAAGGCCCCUACUUUUGUGAUAGACAAGGAUGGUGAUAGUGUUGAUACUUGCAUCAUAAGGUUUCAUGUGGGCCCGCCUUAUGAGGACAUAGCUUUCCGGAUCGUUAACAGAGAAUGGGAAUACUCUCAAAAGAAAGGGUUCAAAUGCACAUUCGACGGAGGGAUUCUGCAUUUGUAUUUUAACUUCAAACGCCAUAGAUACCGUCGGUGAAGGGAAUUCUUAUAUUUUGCAAGUGGCUUUAUGCCCAUGGAUUUGUAUUUUUUGAAUCACUUUAUGUCACUUUGGCCUUUGCUGCUGCUAUUAUUCAUCACGUAAGCCUUAUUUUUGAAUCCGUUUCUCUAAUAUUUGGCACUUCUCUUCUUUUAGUUGUUUUAAUCCUCCCCAGUUGGGUCAACCUGUGCGUUCUGUACUUUAGGGAUCUGUCUGAUUGAGCGUUUUAGAGGGGUUUGAAAAGGUUAAUCUGUAUCUUGAUAUGUAUUUGAGAUAUUAUAAAAAUUAAUAGUAAAAUGUUAACAUACUAUCU